CGCAGCCUCCGUUCCCACAGCUUAUCCACGUGUUUACGGAAAGAGCUGUUCACUCGUACAUGCGCGUUCAGAGGAUCUUGUACAAUAGAUUCAGAUUUAACUUGAUUUCUCCUGUUUUGUAACAUCGCAUUUAAUCUGUAGUAUAUCUGUCAUGUUACGAUAACUGUGCGUUUAUAUCGAAAUGUUGCUGUCUACAUGAAAUAAACACGUUUGUAAAAGCUUCCAGUAACAGACAGACAAAAUAAAAGUCUCAGCCCACAUCUUUCAGAAACCAAGAAAAAUGCCCAAAUCAGAAAAGAAACAAACCAAGAUGAAAGAUCAGAGCUCAGACGAUGAAGAAGAUGAGAUGGAGAAGAACUUUGCUCUGCUCAGUAAAAAGGGAAUGAUGCAGAUGUCAGCAAAUGAUGAAGAUGAGGAAGUAAGAGAUGAAGAUGAAUUAGCAGAGAACGAUGACGCUUCUGAGCAGGGUGCAGGUGAUGAAGACGAUGCUGUGGAGGACGAAGAGGUCUUAGGAAGUGAUGAAGAGGAGUUAGACAGUGCUCCUGAAGAAACUUUCAAAGAAGAAUCACAUACAAAAGAUAAUAUUAAGAAAGAAUUAUCGAGCAUGUCGUUCGAGGAAAUCAUGAAGCUACAAAAUAAAGUUGGAACUAAAGCGUACAAUAAAAUCGCUUAUGGGGACACCAAACAGAAGCAGCAGAGCACCCAGCCCAUGAAACGACUCAACAAACACAAACCUCAGGAGAUUUCUUCAAAAAAACGCGCACCUUUCCUCAGAAAAGUGGUACCCGUCAAAAAAAAUAUUGCAAGAGAUCCCAGAUUUGAUGACCUCUCGGGAGAAUACAAGCCUGAAGUUUUUAACCAGACGUACAAAUUCAUCAAUGACCUCAGAGAAAAGGAAACACAGAUGGUGAGAAAAAAGCUCAAAAAGACUAAAUCCGAUGAAAAAAAGCAAGAACUGAAAGCUUUACUUAAGAGAAUGGAGAACCAGCAGAGAGCUCGACAGAGACAAGAACAGGACCGAGAGAAAGAGCUUCAGUUCAAGAGGAAACAAAGAGAAUUGGUUGGCCAAGGACACAAACCUUUCUACCUGAAGAAAUCUGACAAGAAGAAGUUGGAAUUGGCGGACAAAUACAGCGAACUGAAGAAGAGCGGAAAACUUGAGAACUUCCUGAGUAAGAAGAGAAAGCGUAACGCCACCAAAGACCGCAGGAAGCUGCCCUAUCAGCACAAGACAAGAUAAAUAUGGACCAAUCACGACUCAUCUCGAUUUGUCUCUGUAUGACACAACAAAGAAGAAUCUAUUUGGAAAUAAGACGUUUUUGUGUGACAUGAUGCUUGGGAUGUUUUUUUUUUAUUACAUACCCACAUGCACAUAACCGGUUAAAGAUGCAUUUUGUUAACAAG